AUGGAUAUCUCAUAUGACAAUAAUACUUUCGAUGAAAAUGAUGACUUAGAUAAUAAUAAUAAUAAUAAUAAUAAUAAUAAUAAUAAUAGUAGUGGCUCCAAUGGAAGAAGAAAAAGAAAGCCAACUAAACUAACGAAUAGAGAGUUAAGAGUUAAUACCUGGUCUUCUAUUACAAAUAAAGAUAGAAACAAUAAUAGUAGUGAUAGUAAUGGUAAUAGUAGUAAUAAUAAUAACAAGAGUAAAGAAACUAUAGAAAGUAGUAGUGAUAUUAGUAGCAACACUGAUGAAGUUCAUGAUUUAAAGAGAUUGAAAACAGAUCAUCUUGAAAAUGAAAAUACUGUCAAAGAUGUCAAUUCUGAUAGAAAUUCAAUCGAUUUAGAUAACAAUAUUAAUAAUAAUAAUAAUAAUAAUACUACUACUUCUAGUAAUAGUAAUAAUAAUGAUGAUAACGUUACUAUAGUGGAUAUCGAAGAUGAUACCGAUAUAGAUUAUUCAAAGUUACCGUCAACACUAAAGUUAAAGAUUACGAAAAAGAAAUACAAUAUUGGUCACCUUUUCCAAAUACUAGAUGUCAAGGAUCACUCUUACAUCACUAAUACCGAUAUAUUCAUAGGUGAUAUAUCAUUGUAUUCUAAAUCCAAACUAAAGAGAAAUAAAGCAAUAUAUUUAUUUUGUAAUAACAAUACUGCCAAUGAGAGAGUUACGACGUCAUUCAUUACCGAUCAGAAGAAUCGCAAGCUUAUCGAUUGCACUGUUCAAUGUAGAUCCGAUGUAUUCAACGAUCUAAUGUAUUUGGCAACCAACAAAUAUGUUAAAUUACAGUAUAUCGAUUGCAGCUGCAAUACGCUCACGCUUGGCAAUGGUAAAAGCACCACCAGUACCGAUACUGCCAAUCUAUUCAAUGUUUCAAUUCAAGUCUAUCUAAGCGAUACUUCAUUCGAAGAGAUCGUCGAUGAUGAAGACGCUGCACUUCUCGUUUCGGGUCGUCCAAACAAAUGUCUAAAAUCACUGUUAAACUAUUUCUUGAAUAUCAACAAUGCUGAACUUGUAGAGGAUGACAAUGAAUUGGAUGACAAUGACAAUGACAACAACGAAGUAGAUAAUAGUUUGAAUAUAUCAACUGAAGUUGAUAUGACUGACAAUGAUCAAUCUCAAACUGAUAACAAUAACAACAAUAAUAAUAAUAAUAAUGAAGAAGAUAAUGAAUCAUUUAAAUUUCCAUCAACAUCAAUCUUUAAUGAAGAUAAUAAUAAUAAUAAUAGUAACAAUAAUAGUAGUAAUAAUGUUAAUUCAGUAUCUAGUACAAGUUCAUUUACAUUCGAUCCAAAGAUUAUAUAUGAUAAGGUGUUGCCUGCACCGGAUGCGGUUGAGUUUGAUAAAGCAAAGUUAGAGGAAGGUGGUAUUGGUAGUACAUUGAAGCCAUAUCAACUAAAGACUGUCCAGUGGAUGUACCAGCGUGAGAUUGCACCGGAAGUGGAUAUUGCAUCGGAUCAAACCAGUAAAUUGCAUCCUCUCUGGAAGAAGAUUGCAUUCGGAGAUACAGAGUUUUAUUACAAUGAAUAUGUUGGUCGUUUGUCACAUCUACCGGUCACUGUCAAUGCUGCUAUACAAGUGCCUGGUGGUAUUCUUGCAGAUGAACCUGGAAUAGGCAAGACUGUAGAGUUCCUAAGUUUAAUCGUUGCCAACAAGAAGCAACAACAGGAAACAGUGGUACUUGAAGCCGGAACUCCAGCUAAAACAACGCCAAUGGAUGUCGAAGUCAUUCCAGUACCGAAACCACCAGAGAUCGUCGAGUACCGUAAUGAUAACAAUGAAGUUAUUGCAUGUGUCUGUGAGAAGGAUCAAGAUAAACACAGUCCAUUCAGUAUGUGGGUACAGUGCGAUCAGUGUGACCGUUGGCAGAAUGUCCAAUGUGUUGGAUCCCUCUACAAAUCGAUCAACGACUUUUAUUUCUGUAGUUAUUGUACCGAUCCAAGAAGAAAGAAAUAUCAAGCACAAUUGAAUCAACAACAACAACAAGGAAAGAAAACCAAAAACAGUAAAAAUAACAACAAUAACAAAUCAACUGAAUGGUAUAGAAAUACUUUGUUGGAAUGUAAAACAACUUUAAUCGUUGCACCUUCUCCUAUAUUCUUGCAGUGGAUCGAUGAGAUUAAGAAGCAUGCCAACGGAGGUAAUCUAAAGGUAAAGGAGUAUCAUGGUAUCUACAAGGAGUUGGUGUCGCCAUACGAGUUGGCAGAGUAUGAUAUUGUUCUGACAACCUACGAAACACUUUCAAAAGAAGCGCACUGUGUAAAUCCAACGAAACAGAUGAAUCAGUUGCGAUAUGUAAGAGUCGAAGCACCAAAGUCACCGCUUGUCUGCUUGAAAUGGUGGAGAAUCUGUUUGGAUGAAGUUCAGAUGGUCGAGUCUACAUCUGCCAAGUAUAUAGAGAUCUUGAUGGCACUUCAAGCAUGCAAUCGUUGGGGACUAUCCGGAACACCCAUUCAAAAAGGAUUGGAUGACCUCUAUUCUCUCGUUCAAUUCCUGAGAAUUCCACCGUUUUCCGAACGAUUCUGGUGGAAGAAUGCAAUUGCUCUCAAGUUUGACAGGAACAACGCUGAAACCGUAGAGUAUCUCGUCAACCUUUUGAAGCAGUUGAUGUUGAGAUCAACUAAACAGUUGGUUGCAAAUGAAUUGAACCUUCCGAAUCAAUACGACAAAGACACCAAGCUGUUGAGUUUCAGUGUUGUCGAGCGACUCUACUAUCAGAGGAAAGCGAAUGAAUGUUCUUUGGCUGCGCGUGUCCUUUUCAACAAGAUAUUCAGUAGAAAGAAAAAGAAUGGAAGUCUCACGCUUACCACCUCUGAAAUAUCAAAGAUAUUGAACCCGCUGCUCAUUCUCAGACAGACAUGCCAGCAUCCACAAGUCGGAAGUAAAGGUGCUAGAAAUCUACAAAAGAAUACUAUGACUAUGGAUGAACUGCUUGAGAGGUUGGUGGAGAAUGCUUCGCUGGAGUGUAAGAAUGCACAAAAGGAACUGGUUCAUGCGUACAACUGUUUGGCAGCUGGUCAGGUUAUUAAGCAGGAUCAUAAUGGUGCUGCAACAUUCUAUCGCGAAUCACUUGCUUUGAUCGAGGGUAAUAUGCGACUUUAUAAACCAGAGUGGUAUCAACAUCUACAUGUGUUGUAUAACCUCGAUUAUCUUGUGAAGCAACGUAAGCUUACCAUUCAUACUCUACGAGAUGAUAGCUAUGGUGAAGAAGCAGAGAAGAUUAAACUUGCCUAUCAGGAGAAGAAACAGUUGACAAUGUUACGAGAUGAAGCAUUGAUGAAAGAGGAAAUUGAAAAGACCAAUCUCAUGCUUGAACAAUUCAAUCUAUUCCUUAAGGAUGUCGAAUGGUGGAGCAAAUCCAUUAAUCUCUUGGUGGAAAAUGGUAUGAAAUCGACAUUGUUUGAAAAGAUCUCAACAGAGUUGACACAACCACAUGUAUUCAAGCAUAAUCAACAUGUUCUACUCGAUAAGUUCAAAGAGCCAUCGGGGUUGGUAUUCAUCUUGUCCAACAAUAUCUAUGGAAUGUUUAAAGAGCGUUUGAAAUUCAAUCAAUCGAUGGUUCCUCUAUCCAAGUCGUUUGGACCACAGGAAAUAGAGAUGUCGGUGAACUGUGCCUAUUGCAGGGAUAAAAAGACAAGAAGAGGUCCUCAGUGUGGACAUUGUAAAGCCAACUACUACAUGGUUGAUUUCCAAGAGAAACUAUUCUCCACCAAACACAGAUCAGAACGUGAGAGACUUGAUACUCUUAUGACAUUCCAAUUCGAUGACAAUAACAAUAGCAACAACAACAAUGAUUCUAUUGAUGAUUUAAUAGAUGAUAGUGAGGAGAAAGAAAAAGAAAAAGGAGAAGAUGAUGAUUCUACCAAUGGUAACAACAACAACAACAACAAUAUGAUGGAUGAUACUAUUUUCAAUAUCACAGAGAGAACAACUAAUAUUGCAAAUUCAGAGGUAGAAAUCACUUUGAAGAUUAUCAGUCAAAUGGUGAAGCCUUUCGAUGAUCAAUUGGCCAAAGAAGGUGUUCAACACUUGAAGUUGAUCAAGCAGAUGAAGAAAGAACUUCGUACAUCACGUGAUCUUUGGUCUUCUUCCAAAGACUACCUAAACUCAUUCGAUGAAAUCGAUUCGGCAAUCAUUAGAAUUAGAGAGCGUUAUCAUGGUGAAAUCGUUGCGCCACAUCAGGAAAUCUUUACUCUCAAACCUUUGGAGGUGAAUCCAUUCAUUGAGAGAUUCGAAAAAGAGAGAAAGAGAGCACUUGAAAAUUAUAAGAAAUUCUACACUCAACUCUCGUACAUCAAGAACAUAUCUGAUGCUAAAAAGAAACAGAAACAACAACCCCAAGAAGACAGUAAUAACAAUAAUGAAACUACAACUACAACAACAACAACCACAACUACAAAUAACUCUACCACAACCAAUUCAGAUGAAAAGAAACAAGAAGAGGAGCAAACUUGUAUCAUUUGUCAGGAACCAUUUGGUGAAGAAGUUGUGCUAUUGAUGUGCGGACAUACUUUUUGUUACGAGUGUAUUAUGUAUAUGAUCGAGAAGGUACCGAAUGCUCAAACUAUCCAAUGUCCAAUAUGUAGAACCAGAGUUAACAUCGAUGAGAUAUCAUAUAUUAGUCAGUCCAGUGAUCAUGAUGGAGCGUUGAAUGGCAAUUUUAAUAUUAAAGGAUCAUGGGGUACAAAGAUAGAGUCUGUCAUUUCAACACUAAUGACUAUCAAUAAAAAGAAGGCAUCUGAUAAAACUAUCAUCUUCUCACAGUGGUCCGAUGUUCUGGAGAUUGUCUCACGAGCUCUCAAUGAAAACCAAAUCAAACAUGAGCGAGGUGACAAAGCAAGUGGUAUCCAUUUCCAAGACGCAAUUGCCAGAUUCAGAAAGGAACCGGCUAUCAAUGUUUUGUUGCUUCCCAUCAAGAAAGGUGCCAAUGGUUUGAACAUCAUCGAGGCAACACACAUCUUUAUUGUAGAACCACUUUUAAAUCCUGCUGUCGAAGCACAAGCCAUCAAUCGUAUACAUCGUUUCGGUCAGGAGAAAGAGAGCUUCAUCCAUCGUUUCAUCAUAAAGAACACAAUAGAAGAGAAAGUUGUUCAGAUGAGUAAGGCCAAAGCCAUAGAUGACUGGAAACUUGCAAAAGAAAAAGAUAGUCAACUACUUACUAAAACUGAUUUGGAGUUUUUAAUGGAAUAA